UCUACUCUUCACUAAAAAAAAAAAAACAGGUUCACCCUUCCAUGUUCGGUCUACCCUUCCAUUUUUUUUCUACUCUUCACUAGCUCCACUUAGAUGUGUACUUCACCUUAAUUUCCUUCAAGCCUUCACCGGUCCCUUUCUAUUGAUAUCAUUCAUCCCAUCCAUAUCUUCUUCGUCGUAGCCAUCACACUACUCCAAAUUUCACCCUGAGGGUUAGUAUGGAGGGGAGUUGCAACGUCCACAUCCUCUUCAACCUUCUACUUGACUGCGGCGUUCAGUUCUUCUCGGGGAUAUUUACCAUUCCAGAGGUGGCAUGUUGCUCUGGAGUUGAAAUGGCAGUAAAAACAGAAGUUGAGUGCUUAUGUACUAGUCCCACGGAUAGGAUGCUUUUAGUCAUCUCAUUGAUCACAUCCAUAGCCAUGAGAAAAGAGAUGAGUGGAGAGAGUUUAGUAUAUGCUCAUGACCCAUCACUUGUAAAUGGCAAUAAUAAUGGUUAUUCUGAAAUCUCCACUGGUCCUUUAUCCCCAAGGGUUAGUAUGGAGGCGAGUUGCAACAUCAACAUCGUCUUCAACCUAAACUGUGUUCCGUUCUUCUCGGGCACAUCUUCCAUACCUGAGGAGGCAGAAGUUGAGUGUUAUGUGCUAGUCCCACAGAUCUCUUAACUCAUUCUGGUUUGGUAAUAAUGUCAUCCGGGGACGACUUGAUCUCCUCAGAGCAUGUCAUAGUCCUAUAUGGUACUCAGGCUUUGUUUGCAACCACUUAUGCUUAAAUAAAAGCACUUUUUGAUAAAAAGUGAUUAGUAGUAAAAGUUGGUAGUGUUUGGUAAAAUAAGUGCUUUUUGUGUAAUAGAAAAAGUAAAAAGUAGAUUCUACACAGAAGCCGAGAAAGUAAAAGUUGGUAGUGUUUGAUAAAAUAAGUGUUUUUUUCUUAAAAAAAACAAAAUCACUUUUCUUAAGUGGUUGCAAACAAAGCCUAAUAUUACUAGCACAUAUGAUCUUUGUGACAACUGUCAUAUAAUGUUCUUCAUCAAAAUAUUUAUGAGUCGUAGUCCUCUGCAAACAUUAACUUUACUCUUUUUUGUGACCAGAACUCUAUAUUCUUAAUGUUUAAUGUUUAUGAUUUGAGUUUAUUCAGUGGUUUCUAAAUUCUAG